CGUUUUGCAGUGGGUUGUUAGUGAUUCACCAAAGCUAUGAAUUGUAUCUCAAUUCUUCUAUGUCUGGCUCAUUUGUCUGUGACUCAUGCCUAUAGUUGUAGUUAUACUGGCUUCUACGGGACGUAUUGUAACAUUUCCUGUCCUAUCAACUGUAUAGACAACACAUGCCAGUCAGGAAAUGGGAACUGCUAUACGUGUAAGACAGGUCGCUAUGGGAGUCGCUGCGACAAUUAUUGCCCAAACCACUGUUACGGGAAUACCUGUCACAGAGGGGAUGGCACGUGUUCGACAUGUAAAUCUGGCUUCUAUGGGAGUAAAUGUGGGGUAACCUGCCCAACCAACUGCAAAAACAACGAUUGUGACAUGGGGGACGGGACCUGUUUGUCGUGUGAUCCUGGCUUUUAUGGGAGUCAGUGUAAAAUAUAUUGUCCAACUAACUGCAAAGACAGCGAUUGUGACCAAGAACAUGGCACCUGUUCUUCGUGUAAACCUGGCUUCUAUAAAAAUCAUUGCGAUACUCCAUGUCCCACUAACUGUAAAGACAACAGCUGUCACCCUCAACAUGGAACAUGUACUAAAUGCAAACCUGGAUGGACGGGAACAUAUUGCCAAAAAAAAUGUGUAGAUGGCUGGUUCGGUGAGGAAUGUAAUCACCAAUGUUCAGGACAUUGUCGGGACAACAUUAUCUGUAACUACGUGACCGGUCACUGUGAACGAGGCUGCUCUCUUGGUUGGACAGGAUACAGAUGUGAGAAAGAAUGCGAGGACGGUACCUUUGGUUAUGAAUGUAUCAACAAGUGCAGCGGCCAUUGUUUGGAUGAUUCCCCAUGUAACAAAACGACUGGUGAUUGUGAUGGAGGGUGCAUUCCAGGGUACAUUAAUAGUGACUGCGGCACAGAGUGUUCAACCGGAUAUUUUGGAAUGAACUGUAGCGAGAAUUGUAGCGGCCAUUGUGUUAACAAUGAAUCAUGUGACCACGUCACUGGGAUGUGUUUUAAUGGUUGUCAGGACGGGUACAUUGGAGCACUUUGUGAUAACAUAUGCAAAAAAGGAUAUUACGGCAAAAACUGUUCUCUUGUUUGUUCUCCUAAUUGUAAGACGUGUCGACACACGGACGGAUUGUGUUCUUGCAAGGCAGGAUGGAUGGGUCCAAAUUGUACUACAGAGUGUGUUUGGUCGUUCGGAGAGAAUUGCCAGUAUCCAUGUGGUGGAUACUGUAUCGAUCAGAGAUGUGACAGAUUCAACGGCAGCUGUCUGUAUGGAAACUGUACACUAGGUACUCAACAGAAUGACGAUUCGAAACAUAUAACACCAGUAACCAUAGUUUUUAUUGUUGGACUCUCGGCCUCAGUCAUUGUAAACAUUGUUGCCAUUGGUUCCUUUCUGUUAGAAUUGAGGAUCCAUUCAAAGUAUAUGGAAAACAGAAACUGUCAAUGUUGUGACUCUGCUGGUUCAACCUGCACAUCGAAGAACGAAUCACUACAGAAAGUCUACUCUACACUAACAUUUGUCUUUUGUCAAGUCUUUUGAAAAAAAAAUUCAGCGGUAUCAGUGUUUACUUGCAUUGCACUUUUGUUGUUUUAACUAUUUAUAUUUUUGUUAUAAAAUUUAAAAAAAAAAUGAACAUUGUUAUUUA